ACAGAGCUGCUCUCUUCUCAUCGCUGAACCCACCAGACCCGUGCACCACCACCACCGCCGCCGCCGCCGCACAGCUGCAGCAGCAGGCCAAGAACCCUCUCGGCACGCCUCUGCAACGGCAACUGAUCGCACAAGAAGAAGCCCACCGGUAUACUCAACUCAUGGCCCCUGCCGCUGCCGAGAGAACCUGCGCCGUCGUCCACUUGGCCGCCGACGAGGCGGCCCCGCUCGAGACACUCCACGUGGUGCGACUGCAGAGGCUCCGCCUCCGCCAAGCAGCAGAGAGCUGUCUCGACCCCAUCGCCGAGGAGGACGAGUACGCCGGCACCAGCAGCAGCAGAAGCGGCGCCCAAGACCAAGACCAAGACGACGACGACGUCCCCGCCCACAGCAGCAGCAGCGCCACCGUCAACCUUGCCCAAACUCCUCGCCGAUAGACAGGCUGGAUCAAUUAGACAGUGUGUUUAGCACUACUAUCGAGCAAUUCAUGCGUGCGUGCUGUAAUUAAAUUACUCCGUCCAUCAACUGAUGAUGCGACUUGAUUAAUUCGCCGCCGAUGGAUCAACAACACGC